GAUAUUGUUCAUGCUGUACGAACUGUUACCAGAUCAGUUGAACUGGUAAAUUAAACACGCAAGACUGGGACAUCGAUUGAACUACAACAGAUCCCAAAUCAGAGGCGGACCAGAGGGCGGACCGAAUACUCGUGUACACCGGAAGUAGUAGGAAGCCCAGUGAGUUGUCUGUCUCCCAUUGUCAACAGUAUUUUGUAUGCGGGAGUUUACUGAUGAAAAGAGCCGUUUAUCAUUAGUUAAACAACUUUGAAACGAUUCGAUAAUUUAAACAAUUUUCACUGACAAUUAGAACACAUAUAAAACGAAAAAAUGAACGUGACUCUGGCUGUCAAGCAGUACAUUUCCAAAAUGAUAGAGAGCAGCGGACCCGGGAUGAAGGUGCUGCUGAUGGACAAGGAGACGACCAGUAUUGUGAGUGUGGUGUACACUCAGUCUGAGAUCCUGCAGAAGGAGGUCUACCUUUUUGAGCGCAUCGACUCACAAAACCGAGACAACAUGAAGCACCUCAAAGCGAUCUGCUUUCUCCGGCCAACCAAGGAGAAUGUAGAGCACCUGAUUCAAGAGCUUCGUCGGCCCAAGUAUAGUGUCUAUUUCAUCUAUUUCAGUAACGUGAUCAGUAAGAGUGAGAUAAAGGUUUUGGCUGAGGCAGAUGAACAGGAAGUAGUUGCAGAAGUGCAGGAGUUCUAUGGAGAUUUCAUUGCUGUGAACCCACAUCUUUUCUCCCUCAACCUUCAAGGUGUAUCCAGGGGUCGCAGUUGGGAGCCGAGUGUCCUGCCUCGAGUCACUCAGGGUUUGACAUCAGUGCUGCUGGCCCUGAAGAAAUGCCCCAUGAUCCGCUACCAGCUCUCUUCUGACAUGUCCAAAAGGCUGGCAGAGAGUGUCAAACAAAUCAUUACAAAGGAGUAUGAACUGUUUGACUUCAGAAAAACAGAAGUACCUCCUCUUCUCCUUAUUUUAGACAGAAGUGAUGAUGCCAUUACUCCGCUUCUCAACCAGUGGACAUAUCAGGCCAUGGUUCAUGAGCUACUGGGCCUCAAUAACAACCGCAUAGACCUGUCGAGAGUGCCUGGAAUCAGUAAGGACCUACGGGAGGUGGUCUUGUCUGCAGAAAAUGAUGAAUUUUAUGCAAAUAACUUGUACCUGAAUUUUGGUGAGAUUGGAACAAACAUCAAGAACCUAAUGGAGGAUUUUCAGAAGAAAAAGCCCAAGGACCAACAGAAAUUAGAGUCAAUAUCUGACAUGAAGGCAUUUGUGGACAACUACCCCCAGUUUAAGAAAAUGUCGGGGACUGUCUCAAAGCACGUGACCGUGGUUGGGGAGCUGUCCCGGCUGGUCAGUGAAAGACAGCUGAUGGAGGUGUCUGAGGUGGAGCAGGAGUUGGCCUGCCAGAGUGACCACUCCAAUGCACAACAGAGUCUGAGGCGGCUCCUGCAGAACCCUCGGCUUUCUGAAAUCGACGCUGUGCGUCUGGUGAUGCUGUACGCGCUUCGCUACGAGAAACACAGCAGCAGUAUUCUGCCCAGCCUUAUGGAAGAUCUCAAUCGCAAAGGGGUGUCAGAGAGACACCGCAAGAUGGUGCAGGCCAUGGUGGAAUAUGGUGGAAAACGAGUCAGAGGAAGUGACCUCAUUGCUCCUACAGAUGCUGUGGCCAUUACCAAGCAGUUUUUCAAAGGACUUAAGGGAGUUGAAAAUGUGUACACACAGCAUCAGCCGCUUCUACAUGACACGCUGGAUCAGCUGAUCAAGGGACGUUUGAAGGACAGCCAGUUCCCCUACCUCGGGCCAAGUUCUCUGAGAGACAGACCUCAAGACAUUAUAGUCUUCAUAAUUGGCGGGGCCACUUACGAGGAGGCGCUUACUGUUUACAACCUGAACCGCACAAUGCCAGGGGUACGCAUCAUACUCGGGGGCACGGCCAUUCACAACACUAAGAGCUUCCUGGAGGAAGUGACGCUCGCAGUGGGUUCGGGUGGAGACCGGACACAAGGACGAGGCCGUCAGAUGAGCCGACGUUGAGCUUUUAUCAUCAAUCAUAUUAAUGUGUGCUGUCUUUUCUCUCUCCUUACAUUCCUUUCAAAUAUUUCAGUUUUUGGGAGGAAAAUCCGUCACACUGCACAAUAAGGCUCAAUUCUUUAACAUUAAUGAACAACAAUUUGCACAGCUUAAAUAAGAGAAUCAUAAAUAUACUAUUGUUCAUUUUUAAUUCAUGAGUGCUCAUAAGAACAAGUAACAACUUGAAUUGAUAAAAAUGUGUUAGUAUAUGUGCAGAAAUAUUUAGGAAACAUUCGCCUAGAUAAAUAAAUACUGUAAAAUUCUUGUUCAUUGUUAGUUCAUGAGACUAUGUGCUAACUAGUGAAUCAAGUGUAGUGUUAUCAUCUAUAUACUAUAGUGUUGAUAAUGAUAUGUGAAACACUGUAAAUGUGCAUAACUUUUAUGAUCACGUGUAAAUAAUGCCCCAAAAGUGAUCACAAUGACAGCAUUUUUAUUUAUUGGAUUGGUGAUGCUAUUGAUCUUUUUUGGAAAGAAGACUACUGUAUGUUCAGUAAAAAAGUAUAAAAUGAUAUAUCUUUUAAAUAUACUAUAAACAGGCUGCUCUGUGUAUAUAACUUGGGUGACAAUAAUAUGAAGUUUUACAUCAAAAGUGCCCGACAAAGCUGGAAAAAUCAUUCCAACAGUUGGGUUUUAAAAAAAAAUUGUUCCACCAUAUUUGUUAUAACUUGUAUUAUUAUUUUUAACAUCACUAUCCAUGCAGCUAAAUUAAAUGGCAUGUUGCAAAUAUCCAGACAUUAAUAAAUGUUUUUAAAAUUAUAAAAGAUCAUGGAUGUUUAUUUGCAGCGUGUCAUCUGCUCAUGAAAAAGAGCUCAUUAGUUCAGCCUGUUAUUAUAAUAUUAACGUCAAAGGCUUUUAACAAUUAAAAUGACAGUUCUUGGUGGACUGAGUUUAAAUCGGCUAACUAUAAAGCCUUGUAUAAACAUCAAUGUAUUUGCAUCUCAGUGUGUCUGUAAAUGCGUGUCUUUUUUGAAUAAGCUUUGCCUUUGUACAUACUGUAGCUUGAUAAACUGGACAACAUGAUAAAUAAGUGACGAUAUUUUAUGAUGCUCUUCAAUAAAUGAAAAGUAAAAAAUGAAAAAUCUAA